CCUCGUCGGUCGGCGGUUGGCUCGCUGCCCUCUCACGUUAAUCCGUCGCCAAGUUGCGACGCAAAAGCAGUCGGAAGGGACUCUCUGCGUCGCUCAGAUAUUUGCGCUUGGGAACUUUGGAUAACUGAGCGGAGACCGAGGCUGAUGCAGCGUCAGCGUCUUACGUCAGCGUCGGUGGAUGCCUCUGCUGCAGGGAGAAUGCCACUUGACUUUGAAGCCGUCGCCUAUGAAGAGCUCGGAGAAACGCCACAGCUGAGGAGGGACACAGUUUUGGAAUUGCGAAAGCUCAUCCAUGCUCAGUCGGACCUCAGGUGUCCGUCUGAUGACGCCUUCCUGGUUAAGUUCCUGCGUGCCCGGAAACACUGCGUGGGGGAAGCAUUCGGCACGAUCCAGAAGUACUUCCGCGUUCGAGAACUACACCAAGACAUCUUCCAGGAUUUGUUGCCAUCUAAGGUUAUGUUCGACGCAAUAGUUCGCCAAAGCAAAGUGCUUACGCUGCUCGAAGAACGAGAUCAUCUGGGAAGGCUAGUAGGUGUCCUCAAGUCGGGCGCCUGGAAUCCCGAGGUGUGCAGUUUGAACGAGGUCUUCAGGACCGGUGUUGUGGUCGGCGAAUAUUGCCUACUGGACGAAAGAACUCAGAUCGCAGGCGUUGUAGGCAUUGUGGACCUUAAGGGGCUCGGUUUCGAGCACGUUCGCCCCUACACACCCUCCGUGAUCAAGACGUCAAUUCAGCUUUGUCAGGACUGCUACCCAAUGCGCUUGAAAGCAAUAUACAUCGUAAACAAUCCUCCCAUAUUCGAGGUCAUCUACUCCAUUGCAAAGCUGUUCUUGAAACAGAAGCUCGUGGACAGGAUUCACUUUAUCGGACGUGACUACGAGAAGCUUCAUGAGCUCAUUCCCCGUGAACGACUGCCCGAAGAGUAUGGUGGCACCCUGAACAGUUACGACUUCGACGCAUUCGAAAGGGGCUUACGGAGCAUGGAGGAGUUUUUUGUGGAGCUCAGCGAUUACGGCUACCGGGAGCAGGAAGCAUAAAUACGUCGGCUGGAUCCGGACGAAGCAGGAUUAUACCAGACGGGCACCUAAAAGGACCUUUACGCGAAAAGUCUUUAGGAUUUUAAAAUUACCUUUACAUUCUGUCGUACCAGACUGUGCAAGUAAAUGUCAUUUAGACGAUGUUGACAGCGAUUGAAGCCUCGUAGCUCGGUUCAAACGCACAAAUCGUGUUCACUCUCAAAAAAUAAUAUUUUGGCGAUAUAAAUCUUUUUUGUUUUUGUAUUUCUUAAGCAAACAAUAUAUUAAGAGAGACAAAAUGACAAGUUCAGUCCAGUGAUUACAACAAAGUCCAUUUUAAACCCAAGUAAAGUGUUUUCCUUUUUUUUUUUGGCAAUUAGCGGUGACCCUGAGCGUCCCGCGCUCACUCAGUUCUAGUCCUCGUUGCUCGGAGCUCCUGUUCCUUUCCGUGCUUCUGCUACGCUUUUGCCCUGCCCUGUUCGGUUGGGCGUCGUGCUCGUGCUAGAGUUUCAUCGCAAGCGUCGGAGCUCAUUCAGCCAAUCCUUCCAAAGUCGUAUCAGCGCCCAGGUCGCCUCAAUGCUCCAAUGAAAGCGCGGCGACCCCUUCCUAAUCGUGGACGCUGCUCGGUAGUUCGACAUAUCGCACCAUGCGAGAGUGAGAUACAGAAAUAUAUAUGCAUAAAAAAACAAUAAAUAUAUACAGCACGGCUAGUAAUAUAAGUAGAGAAAUUAAAGCUAGAUAAGAAUGGUUGUAAGGAAAAUCGAGAAGAGGAAAACCGAAGUGCCGAAGCGGACGACGCGAGCAGGCCGAGCAGGCGACGACGAGGCCAUAGCUGGAGCCGUGAGUACAGAAAAGUAUUAGUCGAUCGAGGUUUGUGCACAAUAUACGUGAAACACGCUCUUUUUUAAUAAUAAAAGCGCAAACGCAUUGAUUUUAGAUAUCGGUUCGAUCUUUUAUUUCAAUUCGCUUCUCUAGUGUAGACCGCAGCCUUUAGCAGCCCUAAAGGAGUUGCGGGAACUCAGGUUCACGAAAAGGACCUUUACGCUAAAUGCCAUUUGAGUUUCCGUGUGGUACUGCCUAAAUGAGAUUUACACUAAAGGUCCUUUGGCGUAAAGGUCCUUUUAGGUGCCCGUCUGACAGGGGUAUUAGUUAGUUUGUUUUAGGAGAAUGCAUGGACAAUUGACGUUUGCUGAAUUCGGAUGAGUGUGUGGUUGUUGAUGAAUUCGAAAUUGAUGUAAUUACUUCAAUCCCACCAUGCGAAGUGAAUAAAAUGAAGCUACGUUAAA